ACACUUUCCUUUGGAAAACGGCAAUAUGCGGGAACACAUGUUGCGCGCGGUAUGUGUUCCUGCAUUCAGAGUCUUGACUCGAGUUUGUGUGGCAUCACAGCCGUUUAAAGCACCCCCGCCGUUGUUUACCGCCCAAAACUUCUCUCUCUUCAGCCCAUGUACCUCUGUGCUCUUUAAGGGUUUGAUGUCAAGGCGACCUCACGGCAGGAAGAUGUCUCUGUCUUUGGCCCAGCGGAUGGUCUGGGUAGAUCUGGAGAUGACAGGGCUGGAUAUAGAGAAGGACCGGAUUAUUGAGAUGGCUUGCAUCGUUACAGAUUCGGACCUUAACGUCAUUGCAGAGGGGCCAAAUCUGAUAAUCAACCAACCAGACGAGCUGCUCGAUGGCAUGUCAGACUGGUGCAAAGAGCAUCAUGGGAAGUCAGGGUUGACUCAGGCUGUGAGGGACAGUCACAUCAGUCUCCAGCAGGCGGAGUAUGAAUUCCUGUCUUUCGUCCGGCAGCACACUCCACCCGGACAGUGUCCUCUCGCAGGGAACUCCGUUCACGCCGAUAAGAAGUUUCUGGAUAAGUACAUGCCACAGUUCAUGCGACAUCUGCACUAUCGCAUCAUAGAUGUGAGCACCAUUAAAGAGCUCUCCAGACGAUGGUAUCCAGAGGAGUACAGUGUCGCACCGCAGAAAAAAGCAUCGCACAGAGCGCUGGAAGACAUCCAGGAGAGCAUCAAAGAGCUGAAGUUUUACAGAGCUAAUGUUUUCAAAGUGAAGGAGAAGAGAAAAAUAGUUGAAAAUGGUGAUAAGAAAUCUGAGAGAUAAUCUCCAAGCCGAUUUGGGGUGGCUUUAGGAUCUUGUGCCGAAUUCUCAUAUUUGGAGGAAAGCCUCUGUGAAUACUCCAGAGAAUGAUAGAGCAAAGCUUCAAGUUGACGUCCCCACUGUUUGUUUCCUGUUUCAUUUGUUGACUGCAAAUUAGUAAAAAAACAAAAGAGAGAAAAUCCAAAAAAGUUAAAAAUGAUGCAAAUAACUCAUUGUUAUGACCAAGUUCCUUUUUAUCCCUUGUGUUCCACUUUAGAAAUCUGAUUUGUUUCUGGAUCGUGUCAGUGUAUAGGUAAUGAAACAAAAGUGUGAUUGCAUAAGUUCUGUCUGAGAUUGGUUUCAUUACAUCCAUUGUUUUUCUGAAAUAAAAAUCUUUUGUUGUGA